UGGGAAGGACUGUUUUUUUAAGAGUCUACCCAUUUUUUUCAGAAUGUAGAAAAAAGAUUGUGGGGCAGCCAAGGUCUUCUUUCCAACUGUGUGCAAUCUCUUCAAUGCUAGAGGUUUGUAAGCUAUUCUGCUGAAACUGAUCUAACCCUGGGAAUGCCCUCUCGGCAGAAUUCCAGAGCAAAGAAUCUGGAGAAACAGCGAUGAAAGAGCAACAUUUUGCAGGACUGGAAACAGAAGAAGGGUCGGAAGGAGCGGGAAAACCAACCAGCCUGGUUCAGCCUCUGCAUAUGACGGAGCUGCCAGCAUGGGGGGCAUCACAAAAAAUCAAAGUGGAGCCUUUGGUUGGGACGGAAGAGCACUGGGAAGCCCAGUGGCAGGAGUUUCUGAAAACCAUGCAGUCCACUCACAAUGGCCGAGGACAAGCACUGAUGGUGGAGGCCUCUCCCUGGGAAGACCCCAAGGCCUUCCUGGCCUCCUUUGAGCAGGUGGCCACAGCCUGCCGCUGGCCCAGGGGAGAGUGGGCGGCCCGCCUCCUGCCGGCCCUGAGCGGAGGAGUGGAAGAGGCCUUCCGAGCCCUGGAAGCCGGAGACCAAGAGGACUAUGGGAAGGUCAAGGCGGCCAUCUUGCGAGGGGAAGCCCUGAGAACGGAGGCGCAGCGGCAGCAUUUUCGGCAGUUCUGCUGCCAGGAGGUGGGGGAUCCCUGGAGGAUCCACAGCCAACUGCAGGAACUUUGUCUCCAGUGGCUGAGGCCGGAGAGGCGCACCAAGGAGCAGAUCCUGGAGCUGCUGAUCCUGGAGCAGUUCCUGGCCAGCCUCCCACCGGAGCUCCAGAGCUGGAUCCGGGCAGGAGGGCCGGACACAUGUUCCCAGGCGGUGGCCCUGGUGGAGGAGUUCCUGAGGAGCCAUCAAGACCUCAAGCCAGGCAGGUGGCAGACGCCGUUAAAGGAGGAGCACGUGGAUUUCUUGGAGCCAGGCGAAGAGGCUGAGGGAGGGAGCUGUAAAGAGAGCCAACCAAAAGGCAUUGGGAUCCAAUCUCCAAAGGAAGCUAAUUCAUCUCUUUCUUCAGAAGAACAGGGGAUGGUCCUAAAUAAUGAGAGGAAGGUAAUUGGCAUCCUAGGGAAUCCAUUUGUAUCGUUCCAGCGUGGGAGUAUAGGAAAUGGCUAUGAAAUAUCUACCUAUGGCUCAUUCAAGCAGCUGCGUCUUUCUGCUGUAUCAGCCUAG